CUGUUGUCAAAUGCAAACGUCAGAAGAAGGGUGGGAAGAGGAAAGUGAAAAAAUUUCUUACACGUAGUUUUCUAAUCUUCCAUCCCCAGUCCGUACCGUAUCGAACGGAUCGUGAGCACCGAAAUACAUUCCGUUUUUUUGUUGUUGUGUUUGUCCCGUCUCGCAGGCAGUGUGUCCCCGAUUUCGGCGAACGGCGCUGCGCCAGAAAACGGGGUCAAGUGCUCACGGGUUUGGCGUGCGAGGCGAAAAGUAGUGUGCAGUGCAAUGUAAUCAGUGCAUCGCCCAGUGCACAUCACCCGUAAUAGGGCGACGAACAAAUCACAGGUCACGGCAGAACGAUUUACACGGGGAUCGUCGUGAGAAGUGUGAAUAGCUUUGCUCAAAGGCGCAACAGCACUAACUCGGGCCCAAAAUGUUCAAAAAGUUAAAGGACAAAAUCGCGGAAGAGGUGAAACAGUCGCCGCAACGGUUCGAGCAGAUAUCGAAAGGAUUGCAGGCCGCCGUAAGCUCGGCAUCCUCUACUACCUCCGAAGUUUCUGGCAGUGAAAACUUUUUCAGCAUCACGGAAGAUGAUACACCUCAAAACUCUCCGCAGCGAGGAACGGCCGCCACCAGCACGAGCACUCCCGUACAGCCAAACAGCAGCAACGUGGCGAACGCAUCGUCCGCCAGCAGCUCGAUACUGUCGAGCACUAGCCUUAACAAUGGCAUCUCCCCGUCAACGCCGCUUACCAGCCCAGGUUCGGCUGGAUCCGCCAGCCAGCAGCAGCAGCCCCGCACCCGCCGGCUAUCGAACUCGUCCAUGGCAAGCGAUGUGUCGUUCCGUCUUCCAGUGUACGACUCGCCCGCCAUCUAUCAUCUCGAAACGGACGUGGACAUCUCCGCGAGCGAGACGGAAUCCGUGUCCGGCAGUGCCAACGCCAACCAGCUGGACCUGGUAAGCAAGGACAAGCUGUUUCAGGCGUACAAGAAGGCUCUCGAUCGGUACCAGAAGUAUCGCGAACGGUACACCGAGCUGGCCCGCCGCUACCGCGAGCUCGAAAAGGACAACAAUAAGGCGCGGGCGGUGCUGGUCGAAACGCAGGACAAAGCGCUGCGCCGGAUGAGCGAGCUGCGCGAGCAGUGCGUGCUGGAGCAGCAGGCGAAAGCGCAUCUCGAUUCUGCCCUGCGGAUGGAAAUAGAUGAGCUGCAGUGUGUGGUGAAGACGCUCCGCUCGAAGCUGGAGAUGGUGGGCGAGAACGGGAAUAUAAGCGGCGGCGGCGGUGAGAAGGAUCUCAUCUCGCUGGCCGGGGAGGACGGCGCGAACGGUAACACGGAUGGGCACGUGCCGGUGCGUGAUACCGGCCCGCUGGAGGACCGCAUCAAGGCGCUCGAGUCGAAGCUGAACGACGAGCUGCGCCAGAAGGCCGUGCUGAGCCUGGAGGUGAGCGAGCUGAAAAAGCGGGAGGAGGAGCACACGAUCACGAUCGCGGAGAACAAGAUGGCCAUCCACUCGGAGCUGGAGGCGAAGGAGGCGGAAGUGCGCAAGCUGAAGGAGCAGCUGGCCAGCCUGGAGAAGAACAUGAAGCAAACGCUGCUCGAGAAGGACGGGCUGGGCAAGGAGCUGUCCGAGGUGCGCAAGGUGGCGGGGAAGGUGCGGGAGCUCGAGAGUACGCUCGGCACGUGCAACGAGCAGAAGAACAAGCUCGAGUCCAAGUUUAUCGAUUUCGAGCGCACGAUCAUGGAGCUGGAGAAGGACAAGCAGCAGCUGAAGGCAACGAACCUCACGCUCGACUACGAGAAGGGCGAGCUGCAGAAGAAGGGCAGCGAGAUGGACGCAAGGUUGGUGGCAAUGGAUAAGGAAAAGGCGGACCUGCUGGUGCAGGUGCAGGAGCUGCAGAAGACGGCCCAAUCGCUCGAUCGCAAGGCGGAGAUCGAAACGCUACAGCAGGAGCUGGACGAGGCGAAGAAAAGUGUGGAAGAAUCCGCCCAAAAGGUGACGGCAGUUGAGCAGCAGCUAAACGAGAAGGAACAACAACUGUCCGAAGCUCGCACGACUCGGGAAAGCCUUGAAAAGCAGGUGAAACAAACGGAGGCACGUUUGGCUGAGAGGGAAAAGGAAAUCGAACGGCUGCAGAACCAACAGACCGAGCAGCACAGCAAGGAUCGGGAGGAAAGUGUGAAAAAGCUUCAGCAGGCGGAAGAAGAGCUGGCGGCGUUCCGCAAAUCGCAGUCGCUCGAUCAGGAGAAGCUGCUCGAGCUGACCAAAGCGCUGGAUGCGGCCAACGAACUGCACGAUCGCGAUCGUAAGAGCAGCGAAGCCAGCCUGAAAGAGCUGCUAGAACGCAACAACCAGCUCACCGAACAGCUGGAACAAUUGCAGGAAAAGCUGGACAAAACGAGCGGCAAGCAGAAAAAGAUUCAGGAGGAAAAGAAUGGUCUUCGAGCGGCAAACGACGACCUCACGAAGGAGCUGAAACAGGUGCGCCAGGAGAUGAAGCAGCUGACCGCGCAAAAGCAAACGCUCACGGAGGAAGUGCGCAAUUUGAAGAUAAUCAAUGAAAACUCCGAAUCGGAAGCGCUACGCUCGUUGCAGGAGUCGAUGCGCGCCUCGAUGGCGGCGGCCGAAACGAAGCUGCUCGAAACGACGCGCGAUUUGAACCACGUGCUCGAGCUAAAGUCGGACGAAAACCGACGGCUCGGCGAAGAGCGCGACGAGCUGGUGGAGAAGCUCGAGGGUGCACACAAGGAGAAGGCGGACCUGGAAACGGAAGGAAGCAGCCUGCGGGCAAAGAUCGAAACGGUGCGCGGCGAGAAGCGUGAUCUGGAGAAAACGCUCGAGCGUGAAAUCCGCGAAAAGACGGAGCUGAAGGCGCAGGUGGAAAACAUCCUGCAAGAGAUCGGCCGGCUGGAGGAGCAGCUGAAGGACAUCAAGGAGGCACAUUCCAAGUUGCAGGAGGAGAAACAGACGCUCGAGGAGAAGAUUGAGCGACUGCAGCGGGAGCAGAGGCCGGAGGUGAAGCUGGAAGGACGCCGGGAGGGCCAGGAAAAGUGUGGCAAGCUGGAGGAGCAGCUCAGCCAGUGUACUGGCGACCAUGCGCGGCUCUUCAACGAGAAGGAGCUGCUCGACCAUCAGCACCGCUCGCUGCAGGACGCGAUGGAGGCGCGCGAAAAGGAGAAGCUGUGCGUGCUCGACACGAACAAGUGUCUCGAGGAGGAGCUCGCGAAGGUGCGCAGCGAGAACGACUACCUCAAGGGUAAGCACCACGAGCUGAAGGCACUGCUCGAGAGCGACAAACGCCGACUGAUGGACCAGAACGACGCGCUGCAGCGGCAGAUGGAGGAGCUGGCGAAGGAGAAGCAAUCGCUCGGCCGGAACGCGACCGAUCUGGAGAAGCGGCUCGCCACCUACGAGGAGGUGAAGAUCGAGAACGAGUAUCUGAACACGUUCAACAAGCAGCUGCAGGGUGAGCUGCAGGAAGCGAAGGGCCGUGUGGCGGCGAAGGAGACGGAACUGACGACGGUGCGCACCAAGCAGUCGCAAACCGAAUCGAUGCUGGAAGAGCGCGACAAGGAAAUCACCAAGCUGAUCAACGAGUUUGUGGCGAAGGAGAAGAAACAGGAAGCGGAUCACAAGCAACGGUUGGAGGAGCUGGAGCAACGGCUUCGAGCGGAGCUGGAUGGCGUCGCGGAGCGUGUGCGGAGUGAGUGUGAUGAAACGCUUGCCAAGGAAAAGCAAACGCUACGGGACGAGCAAACGGCUUUAGAGGGACGGCUAGAAGAGAUGAGGAAGGAAGAGCAAACGCUACGGGACGAGCAAACGGCUUUAGAGGGACGGCUAGAAGAGAUGAAGAAGGAUAAUCAAACGCUACGGGACGAACAAACGGCUUUAGAGGGACGGCUUGAAGAGAUGUCCAAGGAAAAGCAAACGCUAGAACAGAAGCUGGAAGAGCUUAGCCGCAAAGAGGACGCCGAAAAGGAGCUACGACUAGAGAACGCAAACUUUGCCCGCGAUCUGGACGAGCUAAAGAACGAGCUAAACGCAGCGAUCGUAGAAAAGCUAAGCCAGGUAAAGGAGCACGAACAGGCGCAGCAGGAGCUAAGGGCGCAAAAGGAUCGGCUCGAAACGGACAACGAGCAGUUGCGCUCGCGACUGGCCGCAUUUACCGUCGAAACGGAGCAAAACGUGCGGCGGUUCGAGGCGGAAAUCGAACAACUUAAGAUCGCCUCGUCGUCGGCAGCGAACGCGCCGCACGAUGGUACGGACGGGGCGGGCCCGGGUGCGACCGCCGAGCUGCAACAGUCGUACGAGGAGCUGCGCAACAAGAAGGAGGAGCUGGAGAACAAGCUGAAAAAGAUCAUGCACGAGGUGCAGGACGUGUCGAACCGGAACCUGUUCCUGGAGCAAAAGUGUGAGAACUAUCUCAUCCUGGAGCAGUCGAACGAGCGGUUAAAGCUGGCAAACGACAAACUGUCCCGGCAGCUGGACGAAACAUUGGUUUCCAUGCAUCACAAUGAAGGAAUUGCCGCCAACACGGAGUUCGAGUACUUACGCAACAUUCUAUUCCAGUAUCUCAGCGGCAGCGUUACCGGCAACAACAGCACCCUUGUGAAGGUGAUAGCGGCCGUCCUAAAGUUUUCCCCCCAGCAGACGCAGGUGGUAAUCGAAAAGGAAGCGCAUCGAAGAUCGUUGAUGGGACAGAUAAACAAUCUACUAUAGCAGGAAAAGACGAUGGCAAUGCAGCAAACGCAGCAGUAUCGCAAGGGUGGAUAUGGUUUUCAGUUUUUCUAAUGUGCGAUACCCGGCUUCAACUUCGUCCCGGUUGUUGGUUUCUUUUGUUUGUUUUUUUUUUUACUAGACAGGCAGACAGAGUUUAGACGUGUAUAGAGACGAGCGGGGGAAGCGAGAUUGUAUUUAUAUAUACAUGUUAUAUUAUUAUUAUUAUUAUUAUUAUUAUAAUUAUUAUAAUUAUUAACAACUAUUCAUACCGUUGUGGAAGUAUAAAUAACUGAUCCCUUUCUGAGCGUGCUGAAUCGUUGUCGAAGGGUUUUAGUGAAGGCAUUUUCCUUUUUUUAAUUUUUUACCCUUGUUUCUGUUGUUUACAGGGGUUUCCAGGAGUUCUCAUAGCUGUGGGACACUUCAUUGACUCCUGCUUUAGUGAAAUGAACCUAAUGUAAUGGGAAUUGGGCUCUAUAGCACCCUUGUUGGGCAAAUGCAAUAAGAAUAUCCAAUAAGAACUUGUCUAGUUAGGAUGCCAUAGAGUCCAAUUUCUACAAUAUGAAGUUCACUUCACGUAAGAAAGAGUCAAGGAAGUGAAAAUUAUGAGAAUCCCUGUGAAAACCCUGUAUUUUAGUUUUGGGGUGUUUUACUUUACCUAACCUUUCCAAACGCCCAACUACUACUACUACUUGCAAUGUUUAAUCAAUCUUCUAGUGUGCGAAGGAAAAGUGGUGUGAGAUUAGCAAAGUGAAAUUAAAUAGGGAAAAACCAAACAAAAAUCAUUAUAUCAACAACAACAAACACCGAAUGUUCCAUAGCGAGCAAGGACAAGGGCAGCAUGCAUGUGUCUGGCCGAAGGGAUUGCAGUUGAAGGCGCAAGCAAAUGUGUUCAUUCGUCGUACUGCAAACGAUCGAUCACUUUAAAAAAACAGGAGAAUUCUCGCAUCAGCCAAUUUACUAUUACUCUUGGAGAACUUUUAGCCUUUAAUGACCAAGUACCAUCUUCAAACCACGUUCUUUUGCCUAGCCUGGCGUGUGUAUAGAUCUUUACCAUCAUAAAACCAAGCAUAAUUAUGAACUAGUUAAUUCUUUCCCCAUGCGUCGUCCGAUUCGAUUAGCUUUGCAGGGCGAGUAAAGGAAAAUAGGGUUUUAGGAAAAAAAGCGCUAACGAUGUAGCAAAUGGGAAAUGAGACAGAUUAGGCUAGCGGAUGCGAUUCCUAUUGAUUCGAACUUCAAAAGUUUAGCUAACGUGCAUUUUAGUCAAACUCUGUUGCAAGCAAUUUCUACAAUACCUCACUAACUAACAUUCUUUCCAUUCUUUCGUUGUGCUUCGUUGUCCGUCCCCCGCGUACUGUUUGGCAGUUGCAGAAGCAUUUUAUUUUUGGUUACAGAAAACUUGUUCAAUAGGUUGUGUUUCGUUUAGUUUUAUUUUAGAUAGAUUUUCCAUCGGUUUUGUCACUGUAAUAAUAGAUUAAUACUAUAGUGGAAUGGACGGAGAGUAAACAAUGAGAUAUACGAAGAAAAUGAAAAUGACAACUCUAGACACCGCAGCAAGUGUUGUUGAAUGAGUAGAUUACAACCAAAAGAACUCCAACGUUUAAGAAAGAAAGGCUUUUGUUUGCCACCAUCGUUUGAUUUCCCAUUCCCUCUAACGAAAAGUAUCUACCGUGUUUUAACGACAGCGGAUACAGCUUUAGGCCUUAGGCAAAAGCUCACCACUAAUGGUUGACGAGUUAGUGUUGCGCUGUUGCGCUACAGCAUCCCUCUACAGAGGAAGCAAAACACGACAAGCUUUGUUUUCCUGCAGCCGGAAGCAAUAUCCUUGUGCUGGCGACAAGUAGAGGACAAUUGACCGUACACCUCUUGUACCCAACAAAGACAAAAUAAUUCGGUUUGUCAGCUUUCCUUUGCUUUGCUCGGGAAAACGCCAAACAAGGGUAACGCUGUUCUGCUGUAGCGCGCAUCAUCCCCCCUUAGUUGGAUGGUUUUUAGUAUGAUUAUCGCAUUGGGAAGCAUAAACUACUUACUACUCAACGCCACACACACUCACCUACACCCAGUAUUCUUUAGCUGUAAAUCAAUACGAAUAUGAGCUUCUCAGACGCCCCGAUCGGUUGUUGACUACCGUUGUAAAUUAGUAUGGUAAGAAACAUAUAUAGGAACAAUUAUUCAGUAGCAAGUAAAACAUAAACUUACUAAACAUCUAGAUACAUUCAAGAAAAAAGGGGGAUAUGAAGCAGGACAAAAACAUUGCAAACGGUUUCUCUACAGAGUCGUUCUCCAUCGAUAACGCCCCGCUAAACUGCUGCUUAACCAAUAGCUCAAUAGAAAGAAUGCUUUAGAG